CAAAGGCCACCGUCCCUAUUUAAACCCACGUGAACACGUGUUACGGACGGAUUCCGGAUCUAACCUGCAGCAGAGCGGCGCACGCUCACGGAGAACCGCGCAAACGAGGGGGAGGGGUCAGGGAAGAGCACGCGCCGGUAGAGCCGCAUGUGUUCAGGAAGAGCUGCACCAUGAGGGUCCCCAUCCACCAUCUGCAGAGGCUCACCAUCUUCACUACCGUCCUGACGGGUGGGGGCGUUGGCACCAUGUACUACCUGAUGCAGAAAAACUUUGCUGGGAGUGAAUACCAUCAACUCGCUGUGCGACAGCUGAAGGCGUGUCCUGUUGCCAUGGAGAGCCUUGGAGCCCCGCCCUUACGAGUUCAUAACAUCCAUCUGACUGACAGAUACAACCGUGUGGACCAUCAGGCAGCCCAGAUUAAGAUUCCUGUCACAGGCUCAAAGACUGGAGGUUAUCUGUACACGUGUUCACACAGAGAGCCACAAACACACAAGUGGGAUUUGAAACAGGCUGAGCUUCACCUCCGGGAAGGUUCCGUCAUCGACUUGCUGAACCCUCCUCCUCGUCCAGCUACGCCAGAAGAAAGUACACUAGAGGAAGACAUGGACAAAUGGCUCUGAACGGGAAUUCCAGACCAGUGUCUGGUGCUGAGGACGGGCUAUGCUUUGAUCAUUACCUCGUACACAGAGCUGAAGCUGUUUGUAGAACGGUGCACGUCAUUCUGCAGCGUGCAAAUGAGAACCAAAGAGCUGAGGCGCAGCUUUGACUGUAAUUUAUUUCAAAUGUUUCUCAGUCUCUGUUGGAAAGGAUACAUUUGUCAACACUGACUCUUCACUCAGGAGGCUCCUUUUUCACUCAUCUCCCCUCUGGCAGACUGUCUUUUUUUUGUUUGUUUUUUGUUUAUUGCAAACUAAAAGAGAAUUGCGACAUACCUGAAAUACAAAGAAACAAACAUAUAGUUUCAUAUUUGUAAUACAA